UGAUUUGGACUCUGAUCGAAUUCACCUCAAUUUGUUCAAGGAGUAUAAUUGGACAAGUUUGUUGCGUUUUUGAAGUUGAAGAUGCCAAAGUCAAAAGAAUAUCUCUCUGACAGCGAUGAUAGCAGUGAAGAGGAAGUAAAAUCAAAGAAGCAAAAGAGGGAAAGAGAGGAUGAUAAAGCGACGAAAGAUGAGAAGAAACCAGCAAAGAAGGCGAAAACUGACGAUGAAACUGUUUGGGACUUGGGCAGCAAUCGUCAAGUAAAUGUGAGAAAUUUCAAAGGCAAAUAUUAUGUUGAUAUUCGGGAGAUGUAUUAUGACAAGGAAGGUGAUUUAAAACCUGGAAAAAAAGGAAUAUGUUUAUCCAUGCAACAAUGGCGAAAGUUCAUGGAUGUUGUGGAAGAAGUGGAUGAAGUGGCCAAAUCAAAGAGUUAAAGUUUUAAUUUUAAUG